CCAGAAACAAUUAAAUUGACAUUCUUAAACAAUAAAGAGGACAUUCGAUGGCUAAGUGCUGGCAGCUCGGCGAGACAUCGUCAAUCUAUCUUCACAGACGCAGAACGAUAUGAAAUGAGUCGUCAAGUCGUUUCAUCACUAAACGAUCUGAGCCCCUCCCAGGCAAUAGAUGAUCUUGACAAUAACGAAUGUAACAAUGAGGAUCCCGCACCCUUCUCACUUUUCCGGGGGCCUUUCGGCGCUUCCAGAUGGUCGGAACCAGUCCAAGACGAAUCAUCUGUCUCUGAUUUUGAAGACAUACCAAGCUCGUUGGAUGGAUGGUUUGAGCAGCUGGAGCAGAUACCAAGGAGUGAUGAUCUCAGCCAUUCCUUUCUACCACUGGAUACAAUGGAUACCAAUGUAUAUGAACACAUGUACCUCGAGGAGCUCCCUUCACACGAUACUGAAAUCUAUCCGACUGAGCCCACACAACAUCCGGAACCAAGCCUGUCUUUGGCUGGCGGGAAUAUCGAAGGCUGGACACUUCUUUCACAUUACAAAGACCGGAUCAUUCCUUUGAUCUCGCCGUUACGACGUGGACAAGAGACUCCUUGGGUCAGCCUUGUGCUCCCUUGCGCAGUAACGACGUUGGGAGAGCUAACUCUAAAGGGAACUGUGAACCAUGCCAGAUUAGCUCUUCUAAAUGCUGUGUGGAGCACUAGCGCAUUUCACAUCGGCAACAACUCGACUGGGUGCUUUGACCAAUGGAAAGUAUCAGGCGAACAAUAUCUGUCUCGUGCACAGUGCCAUUUCCAGCGCUGCAUGGAGGAAGGUUGCAUGUCAAGUGCAAAGACCAGUAAAUACAAAGAAGUUCUGAUGGCAAUAUUGAGCGUUUCAAAUGCUUUUAUGAUGAAGGGAGACCCGGAAGAACGGCGAGCUUGGCUCGUGCAGACGGAGAAAUUCAUUUGUGUGAAGGGCCUCAGCCAACCGAAAUUGUCGGCCAAAAAAAGGGCAUUGCAUCACUGCUACGCGUAUAUGCGAAUAAUGGCCGAGACAACAUGUAUAGCGGGGACCUUGGCCACAAACGCGAUUGAGCCGGGUUCCACGCUGUACGACGAGACACCUUCGCUAUAUGGCGGUGAUUUUCGAAUAUAUCCCAAUCAGGAGUUUUCCGCGACUGCUAUGCUCAUAGAGAAGGAUCCUGAGAUGGCUCAGCGAGACCUUCACCUCGCAAUACCUGGAUAUUGGAGCUCUACACUGUUUCCUACCGUGUAUGGUGUCGAUGAGAUAUUCUUAAUGCUUCUUUCACAGGUCAUCAGACUGGCCAAUGAAAGAGACUUGUCAAUGAUGUCUGGUGAACUGGCUGACGCCCGCCUGAGCUUGAAAGAGUUCUGGACUCGGGCCAAAGCUUUAGAAAGGGCAAUCGAUCAUCUUCUUUCACGUCCAUGCUAUGUUCACUCUCAAGCAAACACUCAACACCCACGGUCAACAGUCACAUCCACUGCUCAAGCAAUGUACAAUGCCCUGUUAAUCUUCUUCCACCGCCGAAUAUACGAAAUUGACUCGAGGAUGCUUCAAGGCAAAGUUGAUGAGAUGCGACGCUGCUUGAUAGAAGCCAAACAGGAGGAAGGAUACCACGAUGACAGUAAUAGUGCAGCGUUGAUAUGGCCGGCUUUCAUCGCGGCUUGUGAGGCUAUCGCACCAGACCUACAGUCAUACUUUUCGACGUGGUUUGAGCUAUGUGCCCGAACUACUGCCUUAGUCCAUGCAUCAGUUGCGAAGACAAUAUUCCAAACGAUAUGGAACAAGAGGAGUCAAGCUAAUGGGUAUGAUGACGCCUGUAGCUGGCCAGACAUCCUACGCGAUGGAUCUAUACGGUUUAUGUGUGUAUGA